GAUUUGGUGAAGACCCAUUUAACGUUUGCAGUCCGCGAAGAAGUUGAGAUCCUACGCUCUACAAUUGUUGAACUGGAAGCAAAAGUUGCGCAACUGGAAAGUCAAAAUCAAGUGCUGAAACAGUUUGCUCCAGUGGAUGUUCUCAAUUCAUUGGCAGCUCUUGUGCAGCAACACCAGCAGAAGCAGCAGCUGCAAGUACCGCAACAGCAGCUAACUUCAAGUGCCAGCACGCCUAAUCCAUUGCAGCACUCAACGACUCCUCCUCAGGUUCGACAUUUUGUGUUAAGCAAAUAUUUGGGGUAUAUGGUUUAA